CUCACAUUUUAAUUCAAAUAUUCGCAGCGCUUUGGAGGCAAGCAUAAGGAGAGACAAGAGGGAGAAAGAGAGAGACCUCCAUCAAAGAGGAUGGCGAGUAGGGUUUUCUUCCUGUCGUGCCUCCGAGCCGAGGGCUCUUCGCGGUGUCUCACGCCGCGGCCGCGCUACCCGUCGAUGCCGAGAUAUCCCAAGGGGGCGAAGGCCGCGGUGGUGGCCUCGACGUCCGGCGUUGGCGACCCCGAAGCGCCGCUAGAGGAGGAGGAGGAAAAGAUAGCGCUGUUCACGGUGAUCGGGAUGACGUGCGCCGCCUGUGCCGGAUCGGUCGAGAAAGCGAUCAAGCGGCUCCCGGGGAUCCACGACGCCACCGUCGACGUCCUCAAUGACAGGGCUCAAGUCAUCUUCUACCCCGCCUUCGUUUCUGAGGAUACGAUUAGAGAAACUAUUGAAGAUGUUGGAUUUGAAGCUGCUUUGAUCAAAGAGGAGGUUAAAGAAAAGUCUACUACCAUAUGCAGAUUGUGCAUAAAAGGAAUGACUUGUACAUCUUGCUCGAGUACCAUUGAAUCUGCUUUGCAAGCUGUUGCUGGCGUACAGAAAGCUUUAGUAGCCUUGGCAACUGAAGAAGCGGAGAUUCGUUAUGAUCCUAAACUUGUGAGCCCCAGCCGGCUUUUGGAGGUAGUUGAAGACACUGGUUUUGAAGCAAUCCUUAUUUCCACAGGGGAAGAUAGGAACAGAAUAGAGCUCAAAGUUGAUGGUGAACUUGAUGGAAGAUCGGUAUCUAUGGUUAAAAGUUCUUUAGAAGCACUCCCUGGAGUUGAAGAUGUAAACAUUGAUCCUGCAAUUCACAAAGUUACUAUAUCUUACAAGUCAGAUCAGACAGGUCCUCGGAACUUCAUUGAAAUUAUUGAAUCAACAAGGUCUGGGCAUCUCAGGGCAUCGAUAUACCCAGAAGGAGGGAGAAGGGAACUUCACAAGCUUGAGGAGAUAAAGCAAUACUACAAAUCCUUUCUUUGGAGUUUGGUGUUCACAAUCCCAGUGUUUCUCACAUCUAUGGUGUUUAUGUAUAUCCCAGGAACUAAACAUGGAUUAGAUAAGAAAGUUGUAAACAUGUUAAGCAUUGGAGAGCUUCUGAGAUGGAUUUUGUCAACUCCUGUCCAGUUCAUAAUUGGCCGAAGGUUUUACACUGGUGCCUACAAAGCCUUUAGACAUGGGUCUGCAAAUAUGGAUGUGUUGGUUGCUCUUGGCACGAAUGCUGCAUACUUUUAUUCACUCUAUUCAGUGUUUAGAGCAGCAACUUCACAAAACUUCAAGGGGACUGAUUUUUUUGAGACCAGUUCAAUGCUUAUCUCAUUCAUCCUUCUUGGAAAGUAUCUUGAGAUCUUGGCUAAGGGUAAAACAUCAGAGGCCAUUGCCAAACUCAUGGAUUUGGCACCUGAAACUGCAAUACUUUUAACUUAUGACACUGAAGGAAAUGUUGUAAAUGAAAAAGAGAUUGAUAGUCGGUUAAUACAAAAGAAUGAUGUAAUUAAAGUAAUGCCUGGUGGGAAGGUAGCAUCGGAUGGUCUUGUUAUAUGGGGCCAGAGCUAUGUUAAUGAGAGCAUGAUAACUGGGGAAUCACAACCUGUUGGAAAAAGGAAGGGUGAUACUGUGAUUGGUGCGACUGUGAAUGAAAAUGGUGUGUUGCAUGUGCAGGCAACUCGUGUUGGAUCAGAGAGUGCUCUAUCACAGAUUGUUCGUCUCGUUGAAUCAGCACAAAUGGCCAAAGCUCCCGUGCAGAAGUUUGCUGAUCGCAUUUCCAAGUAUUUUGUGCCUCUUGUUAUCAUUCUUGCAUUCUUUACUUGGCUUGGAUGGUUUUUAGCGGGAAAGUUCAAUGGUUACCCGAAAUCGUGGAUACCGUCUUCCAUGGAUAGCUUUCAACUUGCUCUGCAAUUUGGCAUAUCAGUUAUGGUCAUAGCCUGUCCAUGUGCCCUUGGCCUGGCAACUCCAACGGCUGUUAUGGUUGGUACUGGAGUUGGUGCUUCUCAAGGUGUUCUGAUUAAAGGGGGACAAGCACUGGAGAGUGCACAUAAGGUGGAUUGCGUUGUCUUUGACAAGACAGGCACUCUUACGACUGGAAAGCCUGUUGUUGUUAGCACAAGGCUCCUGAAGCAUAUGUUAUUGCGGGACUUCUAUGAAUAUGUUGCAGCUGCUGAGGUCAACAGCGAACACCCUCUGGCAAAAGCCAUUGUCCAGCAUGCCAAGAAAUUGAGAGAAGAUGAAGAAAACCAUGCAUGGCUUGAAGCACGAGACUUUAUUUCUGCAACAGGCCAUGGCGUCAAAGCAAAGGUUGGAAACAAAGAAAUCAUUGUGGGUAACAAGAGCUUGAUGUUGGAAUCAGGCAUCCAUGUUCCCAUUGCAGCCUUUGAAAUUCUUGCUGAAGCUGAGGAAAUGGCACAAACAGGAAUAAUGGUCUCAAUGGAUGGAGAAGUUGUUGGAAUAAUAGCAAUUUCUGACCCAUUGAAGCCCAGUGCUCGAGAUGUAAUAUCACUUCUCAGGUCCAUGACAGUGAAGAGCAUGAUGGUAACAGGGGAUAACUGGGGUACUGCAAAUGCCAUCGCCAAAGAGGUUGGGAUUGAUGCUGUUGUUGCUGAAGCAAAACCAGAACAGAAAGCACAGAAAAUAAAGGAACUGCAGAUGUCUGGCUUGACAGUGGCCAUGGUUGGUGAUGGAAUCAAUGAUUCACCGGCGCUUGUUUCUGCUGAUGUUGGGAUGGCGAUAGGUGCAGGCACAGACAUUGCCAUUGAAGCUGCUGACAUAGUUCUUAUGAGGAGCAACUUGGAAGAUGUAAUAACUGCCAUUGAUCUCUCGAGGAAAACAUUUUUCCGGAUCCACAUGAACUACAUCUGGGCUCUUGGUUACAACAUCAUGGGUAUACCUAUUGCUGCUGGAGUUCUUUUCCCAUCUGCCAGAUUCCGCUUACCACCAUGGGUUGCUGGUGCUGCAAUGGCUGCUUCGUCAGUUAGUGUUGUUUGUUGCUCUCUCUUGUUAAAGAACUACAGAAGACCCAAGAAGUUGGACGCACUUCAGUUCAGGGAAAUCUUGGUUGAGUGAAAGAUGGUGAACUGUGUCGCCUGAUAUCACUUUGUACAUAUAUGUUCGCAACCUCAGUGGAGGACACGUUUGCUCUAAUGGGCUACGCAAAAUCAGAACUCUGUGUUGUUUAUCUGGCCAGAUAAACGGUUGCAUGGUGCAAAUUCUUUGUUUAGUUAAUAAGUUACCAUCAUUCAGACAUUCAUUCAUCUAUAUCUUCAUUUAUACAAUUAUUCAUACAUCUAUUUCUUCUUAA